AUGUCAACCGUGUACUUGACGUUGGGCGCUCUGGCGGCGGGAUGCUGGGUUGCUGUUGGGUUAUCAGCCAUCGUCGGCUUCCAGACGGCGAUGUACUAUCUGGUGUUCCCUCAGGAUACGACGGUGUACAAGGUGUUGGUGGGAUGGGUCUGGCUGCUUGACGCGGCACAUACUAUCAUCAUCUGUACCACGGUGUGGCUCUAUACGAUCAGCAACUACGACCAACCUGAGGCGAUUGCGCACAUCUUCCAUACCGUACCGAUCAAUAUAAUCUUGACCACUCUCAUAACACUCAGCGUGAACGCGUUCUACGGAUGGCGGAUUCAUAGGUUGAGCAAGAGCAACUGGUGGAUUACGGGUCCCAUCAUUGUUCUUUCCCUCGCACGACUUGCCACGGGUCUCGUGACUUCUAUCAAGAUGCUUGAAGCAGGCAGCUUCGCCGAGAUAGCUGGGAGAUACAUCACGCUGUUCACGGCGGGUCUCAUCAUUUCGGCUGUAACGGACGUCUACAUCUCUAUAGCGCGCUACUGGUAUCUGCGGAAGCUCAAAGAGGGCCUCACCGUCACGCGCGAGAUGGUCGACACCACGAUCGUGUUCACGGUCAACGAUGGCGCUCUGACCUGCAUUGUUGUCAUCACGUUCAUUGCCUGCUGGGUUGGAAUGCCACAUAACUACGUGUUCCUAGGAAUCUACUUCACUAUAGCGAAGCUGUACAGCAACUCCAUCCUCGCGACCUUGAACCUCCGCAACUGGUACCGGCACAGGUACAACAUCCCGCGCCGCCAACGGCUCGGCGUAGUCAUGACCCGCGGCGGAGGGACCUCUGGCUACCCACUCGGACACGUCCGUACGCCGCACUCACAAAGCUCUGCAGCGCACUCGGACAAGGACUCAGAAGUGCUCCAUGUGAGCGAGGAGUCGACUGCGACGCCGGGGAGGAUAGAGGUGAUCAUAGACACCAAGCGCCAAAUCACGUAUAAUGAUCAUAGCGAGGUGCGGCUGUUUGACCGUCGGGUUGAGGAAGAGGAGAAAGCGCACGUUCGUUCUUUCCCUCCGGCAACUGCGACUGCUUGA